GCUGUGUGAUGCAAGGGGCGGUGCAGGGAGCUGGUUGCGCGUGCGCAGAACUUGUUCAAAGGGCCUUAUUUAGGUUGCGCAGGCGCCCGCUGGCCAUUUCUUCUUAGCCACGCCGAAGUUGUGUGUGUAGUCUAUUUCGACGCCAGGAUCCUCAAAGAGACCAUGAUGUUGGGCACCGAAGGCGGAGAAGGAUUCGUGGUUAAGGUCCGGGGCUUGCCCUGGUCUUGCUCGGCCGAUGAAGUGCAACGUUUUUUUUCCGACUGCAAAAUUCAAAAUGGGGCUCAAGGUAUUCGUUUCAUCUACACCAGAGAAGGCAGACCGAGUGGCGAGGCUUUUGUUGAACUUGAAUCAGAAGAUGAAGUCAAAUUGGCCCUGAAAAAAGACAGAGAAACUAUGGGACACAGAUAUGUUGAAGUAUUCAAGUCAAACAACGUUGAAAUGGAUUGGGUGUUGAAGCAUACUGGUCCAAAUAGUCCUGACACGGCCAAUGAUGGCUUUGUACGGCUUAGAGGACUCCCCUUUGGAUGUAGCAAGGAAGAAAUUGUUCAGUUCUUCUCAGGGUUGGAAAUCGUGCCAAAUGGGAUAACAUUGCCGGUGGACUUCCAGGGGAGGAGUACGGGGGAGGCCUUCGUGCAGUUUGCUUCACAGGAAAUAGCUGAAAAGGCUCUAAAGAAACACAAGGAAAGAAUAGGGCACAGGUAUAUUGAAAUAUUUAAGAGCAGUCGAGCUGAAGUUAGAACUCAUUAUGAUCCACCAAGAAAGCUUAUGGCCAUGCAGCGGCCAGGUCCCUAUGACAGACCUGGGGCUGGCAGAGGGUAUAACAGCAUUGGCAGAGGAGCUGGCUUUGAGAGGAUGAGGCGUGGUGCUUAUGGUGGAGGCUAUGGAGGCUAUGAUGAUUAUAAUGGCUAUAAUGAUGGCUAUGGAUUUGGGUCAGAUAGAUUUGGAAGAGACCUCAAUUACUGUUUUUCAGGAAUGUCUGAUCACAGAUAUGGGGAUGGUGGUUCUACCUUCCAGAGCACAACAGGGCAUUGUGUACACAUGCGGGGAUUACCUUACAGAGCUACUGAGAAUGACAUUUAUAAUUUUUUUUCACCACUCAAUCCUGUGAGAGUACACAUUGAGAUUGGUCCUGAUGGCAGAGUAACUGGUGAAGCAGAUGUUGAGUUUGCUACUCAUGAAGAUGCUGUGGCAGCUAUGUCAAAAGACAAAGCAAAUAUGCAACACAGAUAUGUAGAACUCUUCUUGAAUUCUACAGCAGGAGCAAGCGGUGGUGCUUACGAACACAGAUAUGUAGAACUCUUCUUGAAUUCUACAGCAGGAGCAAGCGGUGGUGCUUAUGGUAGCCAAAUGAUGGGAGGCAUGGGCUUGUCAAACCAGUCCAGUUAUGGUGGCCCAGCUAGCCAGCAGCUGAGUGGUGGUUAUGGAGGAGGCUAUGGAGGCCAGAGCAGCAUGAGUGGAUAUGGUAGCCAAGGAGCAAUGAACAGCAGCUACUACAAUAGUGGAAGCCGUGCAUCUAUGGGCGUGAACGGAAUGGGAGGGAUGUCUAGCAUGUCCAGUAUGAGUGGUGGAUGGGGAAUGUAAUUGAUCCUGAUCACUGACUCUUGGUCAACUUUUUUUUAAAGAAAAAACAAAACUUCAGUUUAACAGUUUUUGAAAUCCAAGCUUGUGACUUAUGCUUACUCUAUAUGUGGGAAUCAGGAUUAUUUGAAAGAUUUAAGGUUCAGUAUUUUUGAACACAGCAGUCAUCCAGGAUGUUAACAGCAAAGUUGAGUAAACUAUAACUGUUAAACAAUUUUCAGCUUUUCUCAAGUUAGUUAUAUUGUAGGAUGUACUUAAGCAGUAAGCGUAUUUAGGUUAAAGCAGUUGAAUUAUGUUAAAUGUUGCUCUUAUACCAUAUUACAUUGAACACUGUUUGGAUGCAUGUUGAAAGACAUGCUUUUUGUAAAACUCAAUAUAGGAGCUGUGUCUACAAUUAAAAGUGAAACAUUUUGGCAUGUUUGUUAAUUCUAGUUUCAUUUUAAUAACCUGUAAGGCACGUAAGUUUUAAGCUUUUUUUUUUUUUAAGUUAAUUGGGAAUAUUUGAGACGCAAUACCAAUACUUUAGGAUUUCGGUCUUGGUGUUUGUAUGAAAUUCUGAGGCCUUGAUUUAAAUCUUCAUUGUAUUGUGAUUUCCUUUUAGGUGUAUUGCGCUAAGUGAAACUUGUCAAAUAAAUCUUCCUUUUAAAAACUGCA